UAAAAAAUGGCUGGGAUUGAACUACUUUCAGAUCAAGGUUUUCGUGCUGACGGUCGCAGGCCACACGAACUACGAAAAAUUAGAUGCAGAAUGGGUGUCUUUCGGCAAGCUGACGGUUCAGCUUAUAUAGAACAAGGCAACACUAAAGUUCUGGCAACGGUAUACGGACCACACGAGAUCACUGGUGGGCGUUCAAAAGCUCUUCAUGACAAAGUUCUGUUGAAUUGCCAAUACAGUAUGGCUACAUUCAGUACGGGGGAGAGAAAAACAAGACCAAAAGGUGAUCGACGGUCCCAAGAAAUGUCAAUGAAUUUACGACGCACAUUUCAGGCAGCUAUUCUUACCCAUUUAUAUCCCAGAUCACAAAUAGACAUAUAUGUGCAGGUUCUACAAUCUGAUGGUGGCAACUAUUGUGCAUGUGUGAAUGCUGCAACCUUAGCAGUGAUAGAUGCCGGUAUUCCAAUGCGAGACUACGUGUGUGCAUGCACUUCUAGUCUCUUAGAAGACACUCCUGUUGUGGACAUUAGUUAUCUGGAAGAAUCUGUCGGCAGCCCAGAAAUGGUUGUUGCACUCUUACCAAAAUCUGAACAGAUCGUUCUUUUUCAACAGAAUUCACGACUUCAUGUUGACAAUUUGGAGAAAGUUCUUGAUAUGGGAAUUAAAGGCUGUACAGAUGUUUAUGGUAUUUUGGAUCAGUCUGUAAGAGAACAUGUCACAGAGGUCUCGAAUCUUAUGAUGUCAACAUAAUAUCUGUUUUUUCUAAAUGCCUUCAGUUACAUGAAAUUAUUUUCUAGUUUUCAACCACUUCUUUCUGCCUCUUACAAAAUACUUAUUUCAAUUGACAUUUCUGAUGGGAUAUAGUCUGCAAUAAAGACUUGGGGACCAGUGUCUGUAAUUGUACAAUGGUUGAUAUCUGGGGCACAUUUUGUUUGUGAUUCAUUUUCUGUGAAUUUUAUUCAAUAAAACCUAUAGGAUCAUCGUUUCUUGAAAAGCGAAACAGGCAAUGGUAA